UUUACAAUGGAUACGAAGUAUGCACAGGUUGUAUUUAUAAUGUAACGAUCAGAGAAAAAACGGAUAUAUGAUAAACAUGACAAGUAGUAUAAACAUUCAGGCUUUGAGCUUAAUCGUUGAUAACCCGGUUUAACACAUAUCUAGGUCAAACAAACACGCCCACAAAAUAUUGGAUUUUGCAAGUGAAUCGAAAGUAGGAAAUAUAAACAUUAUUGACUUACAUUAAAAUUGUGAUCUUUGUGUUUUAAAAUCGGAUUGUGUAUAAAAAGUGGAUUAUGUUAUCAUUUUAAAUUGUUAAGGAUGUAUAUGUGAUUUAUGUUAUUAAACUCGUACAAUAACAAUGGCAUCCAGACAUGACGCUGUAGAACAAUGUGCCAAUACGGAUGUCGCACUGCGUGAAAGUGUAGACAUUCACGAACAGAUCUGCCAACAACACAAUAAUGAGAGGACAUCGUUGUUUUGCAGAAAACACAUGGUGGUUAUUUGUGGACGAUGUUUAUUGCAAAAUCACAUGAAAUGCGAAAAUCAGUUGGUUGACCUCAAUGAGGUUUCCCAUCCAACUACAGACCAUAUAAACGAACUAAUGCAUGGAUUAGAGAGUAUAAUAAGUGACACACAGUGCCUUAACAAGGAUGUAAGUGUUAAAAGAGAGAAUAACAACUUAGCUAAAGAAGAUAAUUUCAAAACAGUUCGUGAUUUUAGAAAAGAUAUCGACACUUUCUUCGAUAACUUGCAAAGAAAAGCAGAAUCUGAGAUAACACAAUGCCAUGUAAAAAACGAAGACAUAUUUACGGAACAAAUUAAAACAUGUUUGGAUGUUGAGGAAGAAGCGCAGACAAACUGAAGCACAUUAAUUACAUUCUAGAGAAAAAACAGAAAAGCACUAUUUUCGUUACAACAGAGAGCUUAAGAACAGAAAUAGCUACCCUAAAACAAACUUUACACGAAGCUUCAAGAAAACCUAUGGGUCCAAUGUACCAAUUCCAUAAAAAUGAUGUCGUUCAAAACAUGAUAUUGACGGAAAAUUUACUAGGCACAGUAGAAUAUAUUCAUACCGGAAGUGAUGAACUCACGGACAUCAUAGACAUUGAAGAAAGUUCUGAUGAGGAGCCUCCUCCUUGGAACGACGAAACAGGCUUGCAACUCGCGGAUCUGCCCAAGAUACCGCGCAUUACCAUACCUGUUAACCUGCCAAUAGAACAUUGUAAACCCUCACUAUAUGCCCGGCAGAUAUCCCCUCAAGAGCCUCCUCCUGGGUACAACGAAAUACGCUUGCAACCCGAGGAUCCGCCCAAGAUACAGCGCAAUAUCAUUCCCGUUGACCAGUCGAUACAACAAUGUCAACCCUCACUAUAUGCCCGGCAGAUAUCCCCUCAAGGUCCUUCUCCUGUGCACAGCGGAAAAAGUCUACAAUUCCAGAGUCCGCGCGGGCUUACCUACAUACGAAAUCCCGAUUUCCCACCAAUACCACAAGGUCAACCCUUACCACCUCCCCGCUAUAAAGCCCCUCAAAGACAGGGUCUACGAAUUCCCGACCGGCAGCAGGAGUCAAGCUCAAUCCAAACCUCCAGUCAAGAGCCAAGUAUGAAAAUAAACAACGAGCAAGAGCCAAUAACUGGAGUUGUUUUCGUGGCAGACAUCGGCAAUUGUCCACCAGGAUAUACUGCGAUUGAACGCGAUAUUGGAGACUUUUGGAUGGGGAAACAUUACAUGUGUAUAGGGAGGGACGCAUCUUCACAAUGUCGCACGGUGUUGGUAGAUGUGUGUUUCAUCAACAAGCAAGUCCCUCCCCCUCCAGGUUUCACACUGAUUGGUACAACGUAUGACACGAGAGAAGAGUGGACACAGAAGCGGAUAUAUGUUAGCUGGAUGAACACCAGCCUGACCACCAGUGCAAUUACAGAUAUCACCUUUGUGAAAAAGAAGAGCUAACCUCCUAAAGGAUACACCAUAGUCGGUGACUUACACAACCUGGAGAUGUGCUACAAGAUGUCAAAGAUCAGGACCUUAUUGUUCACCAAAACAUCAGUGACUCACCCAUGGGAAAAUUUUAGUUUCUGGGAGCAGUUAGGAUUCAGAUUUGUUUUACUAAACCAUGUUACUACAUACUUUUGGCACGCAAAUAGAAUACUGUCAUGAUGAAUGUAAUUUGUAGAAUUAGAAAAUGUUUAUCGAUAGCCAAAGUUCAUGCUGUCAUGUAAACACUGAUUCAUAAAAAUACCAGAGUAGCCAAAAAGAAUUGUCUAUUUUCUAGGAACCACCCUUUUUAUUUUUGCCUCCGGAUUCAUUUUCUAAAAACCCUUUUUAGCUCGACUAUUCGAAGAGUAAGGACGGCUAUACUACUCGCCCCAGCGUCGGUGUCCGUUUAAAGUUUUAGGGCAAGUUGGGACUUUCAAAUAAACGUCCAAUACCCUUCAUUCAAUUGACUAAACACUUCACACAGUUGUUCAGAGCAAUCACAUAAUGAGGUAACAUAUUAUCCUUAAAACAAAGUGAGGGCCCCUGAUUGGCCUAGGUUAAAGUUUAAGGGCAGGUUAAAGUUUUAGGCGAGUUGGGAUUUUAAUAAAAAACUUCUUUACCCUUCAUUCAAUACACUCAAUACUUCGCAGAAUUAUUGACGACCAUCUUACAACAAGGAACAUAACUCCAUUUUAACCCUAAAUACAAAUUAUGGCCCCUGAAUGUUUUUUUUUUAAUUUGUCUUUUAAUUUCUUCUGAAAGGCACAUUUUUUUAUCCUUAACCACAUUUUCAUAUAGGGAAAAAAGUUAUUCAAUGACUUGCGUCAAUGUUCGCGCUGUCUGGUGGGAGGGCAGCGUCAAAGUCACCUUAUGUAUCGAAUAAUUUUAGCUAGGUUUGACAUAAAACGAUCAAACUUGGUAUGUACGAAGAGUUUAUUGAGACCUUUUAUGGGAAUGCGUUUGCAGCCCCUAGGAUCAAGGUCAAGUUUACUAUGAAUAGAAAAAGGGUUGGUAUUGAAUAACUUAAGUAAGGGUCUACAUAUUGUGACCAAACUUACAUAGGAAAAGUUUAUAGAGACCUUUCCUUAAAUUGUGUUUUUGCCCCGAGAGUUAUUGUCUAGGUUAAGGUCACUGUUGCUAAAAAAAGAAAUAUGGUGAGUACUGAAUAACUCAAGUGA